AUGCCGCAGCCUUUAACCAUUCCAUCCACCUUGCUUUCAUACUCGUGGAAAGCUGUUACUAUUCCCAAUACCCCGGCUACUAGCGGACAUUUGACACGCUCUCACAAGGCCAAUGACCGAGAUCGUUCCCUGGCCAAUGGUGUAUCGGCUACAUCCCACGAGCAACUUUCCCGGUUCUUUACCAAAUCAGGGCCAGUUGACACCGAUCCCCGGAAGACCAAGAAGAACGGCGGGGGAAAGAGAAACUGGGGUCGUUCUGGCGACGAAGUUCAAGACUAUGACUACACUUUCACGAACGCUCGACGCCACUCGAAUAGUAGUACCCAAGACAUUGGGGAAUUCAUAACAAAAUUUGAAACCACUGAAAUGGAGCCGGCCUUUGGAGCACCAUUGCACAAACCUUUGGAUGUCACUAGCAUUGCAGAAGGGAGCGCUACUAGCAAAACUCGGGGGGCCGGUAGUAGUAGUAACGGGGACUGUGGGAUCCGCAAAUCGUCGAGCAAUUAG